AUGCGAACAGCGGUAACUGACAUAUGUGCAAACGCGUACGAUGUUUUAACCACAAUAGCCGGAACAGGAGACGAGUUCACCACCUACGCGUCUGACUUGUCGAAUAAUUCCAUGAAAUUCCACUACCCCCAAAGCGGCGAAGAUUGCUUCGACAUGUUGCUCGACAUAUUACGCCGCUUGUUCCCGCCGCUAAAAUUCCUGCUCGGCCAGUGUAGCUAUGCCGCAUACAACUUUGGUUGGCGCGAUUGUAUGUACGGCAAAGAUAUUGCUUCAGGCAAAUCGCAGUGUAUCGACCACUCAGAAGACAAAGCAGCGUGCCAACCAAACGGCAAACCAAAUGACCAACCAAAGUGCCAAGUAAACAGCCAAGCAAAUUGCCGACCAACUUCCCCGUUAAUGUCCUAUCUUAACGAUUGCUUACCGGGGCAUCUACCUCACCAACUUAGCAAAAUUGGUUGCAGGUACGAGUGCCUCAAUUGCCCUUCAACAUCCAAGAAAGGUAUGCCCUGUCUUACGCCGCUUGGAUUCAGGGGAUUCUCCGGUUCCACUAAGACGGGUGGAGACAUAUGUCACAUCAUAAGGAAAUUCUUUGCUAAUACCCAUCUCAAUGGUUUGCUGUGCCUAAUUCCGAAACCGCCGUCCACCUUACCGGAGCAUUUCAGUUUCGUCCAGUCGCUUGCUAACAGCUGUGGGUCAAGUAAACGCAUGAACCUGAGUGAUAUGCGAUCCGCAUUUGAGGGCUCUGUUAACAACCUCUCCAUUCAACUGCGGGGUGAUAGCACUGUCUUUACUAAAGCACUGGUUGACGCCUACGGUUCUAAGUCUGCAACUCCCACCGACUGCGAACAUCCUCAUCUUACGACCCUAACAACCACCGACACAUGUAAAGGCAAAAAGAAAAAUGUUAACUGCGCUCCCUAUAUAUAUCCCUUAGCCGAAGAUGCAUAUUGUUACUUCGCCAUGAAACACUGUGACACAUACGUGUCCUGGGCGGUGUACCUUCCAUGGACGUUCUGGGAGUAUCUCAAGAAUCUAUGUGACGACUUUUGCAAUAUCUUCUGCGCAGACUGGGGCUGUCGUAGUUGCCUUAACAGCAGCAAGUGCAAACGCGGCGAACAUGGAAAGAGUGAUGAGCCGAAGGAAAAUGUACCAGGCCAACCGCAUUGCAAAUGCUCAUCCAUGGUAAAAUGUAAGGGUGUUUCACCAACAUUUUACAGAUAUGGCUUUGCAUUUGGUGACCCAAAUGCGCUCGAUGCCAACAAGCAAUGCCAUGAUUUCUAUAAUCAAUUAACUGCUGUCCUAAAAUCGCAGUACUUCAAGAACCUGUUCGACACGUGCGACCACUUCCUAUUCAAAAUCCGCUCCCCCUUCAUCUGGCUCAACGUCGCCCUCUGGCUCCUCUCUCUCCUAUACCUCCUCCACAUCAUGGUCAUCCGCCUAGACCUGCUCCACAUCAAAUCGCAUUUGCAUAGUCCCUCGAGUCAUCGCAUCGCUGCUCAAUCACUACUCGCCGCGGCACGUGUUAACAAACUGGGCAGGGUGUUUUAUCUACAACCAUAA